AUGGAUGACUACAUCAGUUGUGACGUCGGAGACCUCAGUGCGCUCCUGCGGGAUGACGACGCCAGCGAGAAGAGCAUGAAGGAGUUUCUUCAUCAAAACGGCAUCAUAGAAAAGUACAAUCAGGAGGGAAAUGAAAAGGGGGGGAUGUACUCAGACACAGAAGAAGUGUUAUCUGCGAAACAGGAGAAGAAUACACUAGUACACAAAAAGAUACCUGUGAAGAUUCACAAUAUAAUAGCCUCAGCCAAUCUUUCUUUAGACAUUGAUUUGCGCUUAGUGGCCAUAUCCAUACGCAACGCAGAGUAUAACCCAAGCAAGAUUAACACCCUGAUUGUUAGACUGAACAAACCCAAGUGCACUGUUCUCAUUUUUAAGAGUGGAAGACUUAUGUUAACUGGCACAAAGAGCAAAGCGGAUGCCAUUUAUGGCUGUAAAAAAAUUGGCAAAAUAAUUAAGCUGGUAACAAAUGAGUGUGUAAAGCUGGAAGGGUUUAACAUAGAGAAUAUCAUCGCUAGUGCUGACUGCAAUAUGCCGAUACGGCUGGAAAUGCUGGCUCAUGACCACAAGGAGUACUGCAAUUACGAGCCGGAGCUGUUUGCUGGGCUCGUCUACAGGUAUAAGCCGACGUCCAAGCUGAAAUCCGUCAUCUUAAUUUUCGUCUCUGGGAAGAUUAUCAUCACAGGGUGCAAGUCCGUUCAGAAGCUCUACACGGUGUUUGACGAUAUUUACAAUGUGCUCCUUCAGUAUAGGAGUUGA